UAUAACAUGGACCUCACGUCAUAGUACUAGAAUAUUUAAGAAAAAUUUGAAUAAACAGUUAUUUUCCAUUUGCAGGUCUGGUAUUUCAAAGAAUAUAUCAAGCAUUUCAAGAGCUUUCAGAAUUGUAUCUUCGUCUGAACCUGCCAAGGUCUCCUAUUAAGUAAUUCUUCACUAUUGCUGUAUCUAGGAAUUAUUUAUUUACUUGUGUGAGAGAUAUCAAUAACCUUCCAUCCUGAAUUGACAACAAUAUAAAUAAUAGUUCACAAUAGUAUCAAUCAAAUGAAGACCCUUGAAACACUAAUCAAUGAAGACAUUUCAAUCAAUUAAAAGAGACAUUAGAAACCGACUACUUUAAAAAAUACGAUUGCAAUCUACAUUGAAAAACGUUAGCAAUCAAGUGAAACUCCAUAGAGUUUAUAAAUAGAUAUCAGUCUUUUUACCGUCAAAACACAAAUCAAUAAAAAUAUUUCAAUCAAUCGAAAAAGACAUUCAAAACCUACUGCAUGAAAAAACGUUUGUAAUUUACAUUAAAAAACGUUUGAAAUCAAGUGACGGACACUCCAAAUUAAUUAAAUAGAUAUCAGUCUUUUUAACUUCAAAACACUAAUCAAUAAAAACAUUUCAAUCAAUUAAAAAAGACAUUCGAAACUGACUACUUCAAAAAACGUUUGCAAUCUACAUUAAAAAACGUUUGUAAUCAAGGGACAUUCAAAAUUAAUGAAAUAAAUAGAUAUCAGUCUUUUCACUUUGAAAACACUAAUCAAUAAAAACAUUUCAAUCAAUUGAAAAAGACAUUCGAAACUGACUACUUCAAAAAACGUUUGCAAUCUACAUUAAAAAACGUUUGUAAUCAAGGGACAUUCAAAAUUGAUGAAAUAAAUAGAUAUCAGUCUUUUUACCUUCAAAACACUAAUCAAUAAAAACAUUUCAAUCAAUUGAAAAAGACAUUCGAAACUGACUAGGUACUUCAAAAAAACUUUGCAAUCUACAUUAAAAAACGUUUGUAAUCAAGGGACAUUCAAAAUUAAUGGAAUAGAUGUCCGUUUUUUACUUUGUCGUCCUACAGAAGUGAAACGCAAAGACUUCGAAACGAUGUUGAAGAUUUCAAUGCUUCUCUUACUAGUGAUGACAACAGUGAAUUCGUACAACUUGAGUAUACCUCACGGCGACUACUGUAAGAUCAGAUGGAACCACGUGAUGUGCGUUUACACGAGCGACAAGGUGAGCAAAGACUGCAAUGGACCAGUGGUUGAAGCACCUAUGACAAACAAGGAUCGCCAUACAAUCCUUCUCGAGCACAAUCUGUUCAGAGACAAGGUGGCCAGCAGGUAUUACGGUAAUCCCACUUCGUUCGGAUCAUCUGGCGAGAUGUACGAAAUGACCUGGGACUACGAGCUGGAGAUGUUAGCUCAGCGCUGGGCCGAUCAAUGUAAACCUUACGAGUUCGACCAUAAUCGAGACACCUGGCGGUGGGCUGUGAACCAGAAUGUGUACACAGGCUGCUUCAAGAACCAUUACGAUCUCCGCACAGAUUACAUAUUAGAGCACUGGGGGCCCAGAGAGAUCCCCCUCAUGGAUGUGAAAAAAUGGAGGGGAGAGCGCAACCGACUGGAGCCAGAGGUCCACCAAGUUCUCAAUUUAGUCUGGCACAACACCAAGUUCAUAGGGUGUGGCAGGAGGUUGAUUAACACGACCAAAGCAAAUGAUAAGGUGAAAAGCUACAUGAUGUAUUUUGUCUGCAACUAUGCGCCGUCGGGCCAGUUUCGCUUCAAGCGGCCAUAUUGGCAUCGACCCAGAGGAACCUGCACUAGUUGUCUGUGUUUGCAUCCAUAUCCAAAUCUGUGUGCGGCUGCUAGUCCUGUCAAUAGCAUGAUCCAUGGAACGAAACGGGCAGCCAGUAGUAGAGAAGAAAUUGAGAGUGCUGCCGAGAAGCGUGCUGUUUCUCAACUUCUUCUCCUCAGUUGUUAAUCUGGAGUUGGAGUUGAAAGAUAUCAAGAUGUUGUGAUAUAUUAUGUCAAAUUAUGUGCCGGUUGCACAAAAGCCGGUUAAAUUUUAAACGUGAUUAAUUCUACGAGAACCAAUCAGAGAAGCCGUCUUAUCAAAAAUGGCUUAUCUGAUUGGUUCUCGUGAGUUGUUAAUCUGGAGAUGGAGUUGGAAGAUAUCAAGAUGUUGUGAUAUAUUAUGUCAAAUUAUGUACCAGUUGCACAAAAGCUGGUUAAAUUUUAAACGUGAUUAAUUGUACGAGAACCAAUCAGAGAAGCCGUCUUAUCAAAAAGACUUUAUCUGAUUGGUUCUCGUGGAAUUAAUCACGGUAAAAAUUUAACCAGCUUUUGUGCAACCGAGCUAAGUAUUAUGUAAGUUGGCUACGGUACCUGGAAAUCUAUCAAGUCAAACCUUAGCCUAAAAAUUGGAAAAUCUCUUCCAAGAAUUAGGUUUAUUAUUAAGUCUCUUCACAACCCUCCAUCAUAGAUAUUAAAUAACAUAAUAUUAUUGUUCAAUUUCCUUGAAUACGUUUUCAAUCGUCAAAUUAUGUAUUUCUUCAUUUCGCAAUUGUUCUAUUUCAUUCUUUCUAGUGGCUACCAACAAGCUCUGAAAGAUUCCUGAUUUGUGACCUUCAUUUGUAAUCAUUCAGUAUCUUGAACAUGAUAUUAACCUUCCAUCAUAGAUAAAUAACAUAAUAUUAUUGUUCCAUUUCCUUGAAUACGUUUUCAAUCGUCAAAUUAUGUAUUUUUCUUCAUUUCUCAAUUGUUCUAUUUCACUCUUUUUAGUGGCUACCAACAAGCUCUGAAAGAUUCCUGAUUUGCGACCUUCAUUUGUAAUAAUUAUUAUUAUCCCAAGUAUCUUGGGCAUGUGAUACUGCCUUGUACCAUCUCAUCAACAAACAUCACUACAUUAAUAUAGAACGUAGUAUCAUUCAUCCCUUAAACUGUUUGUAUCACUUAAUUUAUUUCUUGAAGUUUUCAGUAAUUCCCACACUUCUUGAUUUAUAAUUUGAUAGUUAACUAACAUCUUUAAUACUAUUAUUUGUGAUUUCUUCUUUUCUUAUUAUCUUGUUGUUACUAGUUUUCUAAAUGCUUUAUUAGAUUGUGAUUAAUUUUUUCAUCGAUGAUUAUUUUCU